UAUCACGUUAUGAUUAUGGCACGUUAGGUUUUUGUUUGUCCAGUGUCUUUAGACAUUCAAGCUUUGAUGAUAGUAGCUCAAUGUAGAGCUGAAUAAUAUGCUUUGUUGUAUCUAAAAAAUGUUUAUGCUGUUACGACUGUGAUUAUGUGUUUUCACUUGCUUUUGCAGACAUGAAUAUAUAUUGUUAAUGGACAUGCCACAAAGUCCCACUGAAUAGCCACCCAGCCACAUCCCGCUGUCCCCAUGACAACCCCUCCUCUGGCCCAGUUCCCUGGGCAACAGGCUCAGGCAGCUCGGGAUGUGAACACAGCCUCGCUAUGUCGGAUCGGACAGGAGACGGUGCAGGACAUCGUCUUACGAACCAUGGAGAUCUUUCAGCUGCUGAGAAACAUGCAGCUGCCGAAUGGAGUCACCUAUCAUCCUAACACUCAUCAGGACCGGUUGGGGAAACUGCAGGAGCACUUGCGGAUGCUCUCUGUUCUUUUCCGAAAGCUCCGUCUUGUCUAUGACAAAUGCAAUGAAAAUUGUGCUGGUCUGGACCCCAUCCCUCCCGAGCAACUUAUCCCCUAUGUAGAGGAUGACAGUUCUAAACUGGAUGACCGAAUGGCCAAUCAAAUGCGUGCAGCCAGCGAAGAGAGAAGAGAAGUACUGGAAGUUAAUAAGAAACUCAAACAGAAGAACCAGCAGCUGAAGAUGAUUAUGGACCAGCUCAGAAACCUCAUCUGGGAGAUCAACUCCAUGCUGGCUGUCAGGAGCUGAACACACAUGUGUGUGUGCACAGAGUCAGUGUUGUACAUACACAGCCUGUGUUCGCUGCAUUCACGAGCUCUGCUUUCAGUGCGUAAGAUAGAUGCAGGAAAGAGCAGCGAGGCACAAAAUUGAGAGAAGGUAGGAAGCGAAAAGAGGAAUGAACUGAAGAAAUUCUGCUGAAUUCAUAACACACGGUUGAAAUACCAUUCGGUUCAGCUGACUUGGAUCCAAUUUUCAACCUGAUGAACAUUAGGAGGUCUGAGCAGUCUGCUCAUUCACUCAGAUAUGCUUUAAAAUGAACCUUUUACGCAAGUAUAUUCCUCAUAUUUUGCAUGAGUGAUAGCUCCUAUUUACUGUUAAACUGUGUAGCUCUCAAUCAUAACUUAUAGAAAAAUAAUGUGUGAAACAUUGCAUAUCAGUGUGGUGUUAAUAUAUCUAUUAAGUAUAAACCUUAUACCAGUGCAUCUCGACUGCUUCAUACUUUUGUGGUCGUGUUUGGAAAAAAAAAAACUCAUGAACAAAUGAUCUGAUUUUACUAUUAGAUAUAAAAGCAUCCUUCUCAAAAAGAAAAAAAAAAAUGCACAGCCGUUUACAGUAGACGCACAAUCAAUAGUGCUGAAUUUCAGCAUGUACACUGUAAAAAAAAAAAAAUCCGUUAAA